GACGUCUCUCCCAGCGCGCGGGGAGGUGGCUGUCGCGCUGCGAUGACGCAGGGGCUCGGCCCUUCCGGCGCUGCCGCCAUGGGCGCCGCCCGCGAUGCGGAGCAGCAGGCGGGGCCGCCGGGACAGGGGGGGCCGGGCGGCACGAGUCCCUGGAACAUCAUGAUCAAGCACCGGCAGGUGCAGCGGCGUGGCCGGCGCUCCCAGAUGACUACCAGCUUCACAGACCCAGCCGUGUCCAUGGAUCUUCUGCGUGCUGUUCUGCAGCCCAGCAUCAACGAAGAAAUCCGGGCUGUCUUCAACAAGUACCUGAAAUUUUUCCAGAAGGCAGCAGUCAAUGUGCGUGAUAACGUUGGGGAUGAGGUGGACCCGGAACAGCUUAUCCAGGAGACAUGUCGAAGCUGCCUGGAGCAGGCCAAGCUGCUCUUCUCUGACGGCAAAAAGGUCGUUUCCAGGCUGCCCCACGAGCAGGGGGUACCAAAGCGCACCCGACAGAUGGAUGAGGACCUGAAUCGCCGAGGGAGCCCCGUUCCCAAAAAGAGAAAGGGGCGACCUCCAGGACAGAGCCUGGCGAAUGACCGCGGGGUCUCAGGCAUGGCUGCCUGGAAGCUCAAAGUCUCUGAGCCCGUGAGAAGGGAUGGACCAAAGUGGGAUCCAUCCCGACUGACUGAAACCACAACCUUUGUGCUGGGAUCUCGAGCAAACAAGGCUCUCGGGAUGGGAGGAACAAGAGGGCGACUCUACAUCAAGCAUCCCCAACUCUUUAAGGUCCUUGCUGCUUUGUUGCAGUAUGCAGCCGAUCCACAAGAUAAGCACUGGCUGGCAGAGCAGCAGCACAUGAGGGCCACAGGGGGCAAGAUGGCGUACCUCCUCCUCGAAGAGGACAUCCGCGACCUGGCUGCCAGCGAUGAUUACAGGGACUCCGUCGACCUGCGGCUGGAGGAGCUGAAGCCCUUCGUCCCGCCACCCUGGAUGACGGAGAAGAUGCAGAAGCACAUGGAGACCCUUCGCCGCGGGGGGGAGGUGCCGCCCUCGGAGGGUCCCCCUGAGCCCUGACACCCCCGAAGUCCCCCUGCCCUGAGACAUCCUCCCCCCGGCCCCCAAUAAAGCUGCUUCGCACCCGCCGCGCUGCGUCG